AACAUAUCUAGAGGAAAAAAACUAAGUAGAAAGAGAGAAAAAAAAAAGUCCAUGGCUAGUAUAGCUGAAAAAUGGGAGGAGCUUAGUGGCAAAGAAAAUUGGAAAGGGUUAUUAAACCCUUUGGAUCUUAAUCUCCGAAAAUACUUAAUUCAAUACGGAGAAUUAGCUCAAGCUACUUACGACACAUUCAUUUCCGAUAGAGCGUCAAAAUAUGCAGGAAGUAGCAGAUACUCGAAGGAAAACCUCUUUGCUAAAGUUGGAUUAGAUCCAGAAAUGUAUCACGUAACAAAAUAUUUUUACGCGACAUCGUCGUUUCCACUUCCCGAGGCCUUUAUGGUAAAAUCAUGGUCAAGGGAAGCAUGGAGUAAGGAAUCAAAUUUUAUGGAGUAUGUUGCUGUGGCAACUGAUAAGGGGAAGGCUGUGUUAGGGAGAAGGGAUAUUGUAAUUGCAUGGAGAGGGACAAUUAGAACAUUAGAAUGGGUUAAUGAUUUACAAUUUUUACUAGUGCCAGCACCUAAAGUUUUUGGUGGAGGUAGUUCAAUAUUGCCUUUAUUCAAACCUUUGGUGCAUCAAGGAUGGAACAGUAUAUAUACAUCUGAUGAUCCAAAAUCACCAUUUAAUAAAGCCAGUGCUAGAGACCAGGUCCUUGAAGAAGUGAAAAGAUUGGUUGAGAAAUACAAGAAUGAAGAGGUCAGCAUAACUGUAACCGGACAUAGCCUAGGUGCAGCAGUAGCAACCUUAAAUGCAGUUGACAUAGUUUACAAUGGAUUCAACAAAACAAGCAACGGAAAGGAAUUUCCAGUGACAGCUUUUGUAUUUGCAAGUCCAAACGUUGGAGAUCUCAAUUUCAGGGUAGCAUUUUCAAAACUAAAAAAUCUCCAUAUUUUGAGAGUUGAUAACAUAUUAGAUAUUGUUCCAAAAUAUCCACCCAUUGGCUAUAUAGACGUUGGCAAAGUACUAGUAAUUGACACUGCCAAAUCCGAUUACUUGAACUCUCCAGGAAACUUACAAACUUGGCAUAAUUUGGAGGCUUAUUUACAUGGAGUGGCAGGUACUCAAGGUGUAGGAAUAUUAAUAGGAGAAAUUUUUGGUGAUUUUAAAUUAGAAGUGGAUCACGAUAUAGCUCUUGUUAACAAAUCAACGGAUGCUUUGAAGGGAGAAUAUGGUGUGCCUGCUAACUGGUGGGUUGAGAAGAACAAAGGAAUGGUUCAAAAGAAAGAUAAAACUUGGGUUCUCAUGGAUCGUGAGGAGUAUGAAAUUUGA